ACUGAUCACAGUCCUCUCCUUCUGCUCCUCGUCGGGAAUCUCUCACACCUCUCCAACCAGACGAGGACACAAGUGAGCCGGGGAAAAAAAGAAAUCAAGGAAAAACGCUGGAUAAAAAGAGGAGAAGUGUCUGAGUGAAGGCAGGACAAGUAAAGGGGAAAAAAGAAAAGUGGAGAAAGCCUCCCUGAAGGAGAGAUUUUCUAAAAAUACAAGCCAGCUAUCUCCCAGCACUCUGUUAUUUUCUCUCUCUCUCUCUUUUCUUUUUUUUUUGCUGUGUGCCCUCCUUCAUUCAGUACCUGUUCUGUGGGAUUAACAUGACUUAAAAUUCAAUCAGCCUACAGCCUGACGGAAGAGCGACAGAGGAGGCAGACAGAGCGCUGCAGCUGUCGAGACCGAGUGAGGGGACGACGAGCGGGAGGGGAGAGAGCGAGGGGGAGAGAGGGGGAUAGACAGUGAGAGAUAGAGAUAGAGAAGAGGGAGAGAGAGAGAGAUGGGUGUUUUUCCACGGAGCUGAGACCGAGAGAGAGCCGCGGAGACGGGGGAGAUGUGACGGUUUCCAGGGGUCGCGGUGGAAUGAGCCGGAAAACAAGGUUUCUAACCACCCCUCCAUCCCUCCAGCUCGCUCCCAAACCUUCUUUCCUGCACCUCCCUCCAAGGUCACCAAUGAACGACUGACUCAGUGUGGGAGAGCCGACGCGGCUCGCACUGUGCCGAGCGCCGAGACGCCCCGUGACACGCCCUGGAAAUCACACGGGGGUGAAGUAGUGGGGGUGAGAGAAAGAGGAGAGGGGGAAGAGAUGUGAGAGAACGAAGCCAUAGGAGAGUGAAGCAGAGCGAAGAGAGGGGCUGCAUGAGUGAGGGGGGAGGAAAAAGAGGGAGGAGGGAGGAGAGGGUUCCAGGAUUCUCCGUCCAUUGAACUGCUCCACAUGAAGAGAGAAGUUGAAUAACGCCAUGAGGAAAUCAUAUCAGAACACCAUAAAUAGGAUUUCCUGCCGAGUGGAUCCGUGGAUUUCUUCUCAGACUGAGGUCUCCAUUUCGGAAUACUGCACCGGGAUUGGCCGCGUAAUUCAGGAUUUUCCAGGUUUUCUUCAUCUAUAAAGGGCCUAAGUGGAUAUUGUGGGAUUGGAAUUUCUGCAACUCUGGUUUUUUCUUUGCACUGACCUACAUCGCACCUCCUUCUGAUGUGUGCAGGGGGCAAGUGUGUGUGAACAGGUUUCAGCACAAGCACCCCAACAACACCCACAAUCCCCCCUGCUGGGCUGACACAAGGAGAAACACCUGGAGCCAGAUCUGUGCUAAACACUCACACAGCUCCCCACCACACACACACACACACACACACAAACCUGGAUAACAUGUGGAGCUGAUUCGGAUUAUAAAACCGCACAGACGGAAAAGGUCUGUGGAUCGCCAGGCGUUCUACCAUGCCUGUCCCCCCACCCCUCAAUCCCUGCAGACAGAAACACCUGCCCCACACACACCUCCAUCCUGAACAAAGGGCAGAACGUUCCACCUUCCCCUCCCUCUUCCCUCCAUCCAUCCUUUCUCCUUCUAUUCUCCGCCCUCACCUCGUCUCAUCUCUGCCCUCAUCAUCGCAUCUCGUCCACUGCGCCUGCCCCAAGGCUACGAAAAGGACCCUUCCUGACUCUGUCCCUUUCCCUGCGUUUCACUGGCUGACUCUGGUCACAUGCUGCCUAUUGCCCUCUCUGAUUGGAGCAGGGGAGACUUGGGGCGUGGUCUCGGCCUGUCCCUUCCACUGCGUUUGUCGAAACCUCUCGGAGUCGCUCAGCACACUCUGCGCCGACAAGGGCCUCCUGUUUGUCCCCCCGCACGUUGACCGGCGCACCGUUGAGCUGCGACUGGCUGACAACUUCAUCAUGGAAGUGGGCGGGAGUGACUUUGUCAACAUGACUGGAUUGGUUGAUUUGACUCUGUCGAGGAAUACCAUCCACCAGAUCCGACCCAUGGCCUUUGCUGACCUGGAGAGUUUGCGCUCGCUGCAUCUGGAUGGUAAUCGCUUGACCAUACUCGGACCCAGGGAUCUCGCAGGUUUGGUCAAUCUGCAACACCUGAUCGUCAACAACAACCAGCUGGUCAAAGUCUCCACCCAGGCCUUUGACGACUUCUUGCUCACACUGGAAGACCUCGACAUGUCCUACAAUAACCUCAGGAAGGUACCAUGGGAGUCCAUUCAGAACAUGGCCAGUCUCCACACACUCAACCUGGACCAUAACUUGAUAGACCACAUUGCUGAGGGAGUCUUUGGAGAGCUGUAUAAGCUUGCGAGGCUGGAUAUGACCUCCAACAGGCUCCGAACCCUGCCUCCUGAUCCCCUCUUUGCAAGGUCGCAGACAGGCGCAAUAAGCCCCACCCCCUACAAUGCUGUCAUAAGCUUAAAUUUCGGCGGGAACCCACUGCACUGCAACUGUGAACUGCUGUGGUUGCGGCGGCUCAUCCGUGGAGACGACAUGGAGACGUGUGCCACACCUCCUCACCUGGCUGGAAGAUACUUCUGGUCGAUUCCUGAGGAGGAGUUUACCUGUGAACCACCUCUCAUCACUCGUCACACUCACAAGCUGUGGGUGCUGGAGGGCCAGCGAGCCACGCUCAAAUGCCGUGCCAUCGGCGACCCUGAGCCAGUAAUCCACUGGGUUUCACCAGAUGACCGCAUCGUUGCAAAUUCAUCCCGGACCAGCUCCUUCAGCAAUGGGACACUGGAUAUCUUAGUAACAGUUGCCCGGGAUGACGGGGCAUACACUUGUAUCGCAAUAAACGCAGCGGGCGAAGCCACGGCCACUGUGGACCUGAAAAUAAUCCCCCUGCCUCACCGGGGAGGAGCGGCAGGAAACACAGGGAAUACCAACGUGAACGCCAAAAACAACAUGAACGUGACUAAUGGGAUUAUACGGACCGAUCCGGGCUCUUCGGAUAUCAGCACGGGGAAAAACGGAGGAAUUAACAACGGUGCAGGACGUGGAGGAGAGGGGGAGGAUGGGAUAAGAGGUGCAGGCGAGGAAGACGAGGGCGACGGAAGCAGGGCCUCUGAAGGGGAGAGGGUCGAUGGAGGGAGCAUGGAGGACACCGAGGCGGAGGAGGAGGAAGGAAGGAUGGUUGGAGUACAAGGGGUUACAUCGACCUCGGCUCAGGUCCGAUGGGAUCUGGGGCGUCUGUCUACAGCUUACGUUGUCUGGAUGUAUCAGAUACAGUACAACUGCACCGCCGACGAGACCCUCAUCUACAGAAUUCUACCAUCGACCACUGACCGUUUCCUGUUGAAGAACCUGGUGUCUGGUGUGGACUAUAACCUGUGUGUGCUGGCCAUUUUUGACGACACAAUCACAUCAUUAGCGGCAACAAAAGUCCUGGGCUGCGCCACAUUCUCCACCAAGGAUGUUUACCCAGCAUGCCGCUCUCUCCAGGCCCAUUUCCUGGGCGGGACACUCACCAUAUUGGUUGGCGGUGUUGUCGUCGUUACCCUGCUCGUGUUCACUGUGGCGCUCAUGGUUCGCCAUCGUGUUUGCAAUCAUGGCGACCAUAUGAUAUGUCACAAUGGCAACACCGAGGCAGGAGGCGGGGCCUGCUGUCAGGGGGGAGGUCUGGGGAAUGGGGACAAAGGGGGAAACAGCAGCGGGUGCUACCAAUCAAAUGGUUCUGGGGACAUGAUGAUGGUGGUCCUGCCCAAUGGUCUGCCAUCCAAGAGAGGCGGGGAGAAAGACAAGGAGAAGGACAAGGAGAAGGACAAAGACAAAGAGAAGGAAGCGGCUGAUUCUGCUUCCUCUCUGCCGCCAAAACUCCCUCCAAAGCCCAGGCCCAAGCCCAAAGUCAACCUGGAGCACUUUCUUUCAGCUGGCGGAGUAGUUUCCACAACGACAGGGACAGGAAGUGAGAUGGCAUUGGUGGUUAGGCAAAGGAAGCUCGAGAAGGUGCCGCCAUACAGCCUUGACAGUGACAGAACUCCCCUCUACUACUCCCCUUCCCCUCCAUCCACCCUGCCCCGCCAGUCACACUCCAGGGACCGGCCAAAACCCCGUCUGGAGAGAGAACUGACCAAUCGUGCCAGUUUCUCUCUGGCUGCACCCCUGAGAGACUCAGAGCUACUGGACUGGAGAAUCAGUCCCCGAGGCAGGGACAAAUGGAACUCCUCACAGGCUUAUCAAAGUCCUGUAUCCCAUUUGAGCCCUGCUUGUGGAACCGUCAGCAAACGGCGGCACUCACUGGAUAUGGGCUCCUCCGUUGCCCUAGCGACUGAUGCUGCGGCGACCGUUGCCAAGCGCUACGGUGCCGUCAGUUACGCAAAGCGGCUGAGUGUGAUCUGGACGAGGCGGAGUCAGUCGCUUCAUGGAAUGCUGGUGCAGUGCGCCUCCACGACGAGCACGGCAUCUUCGACGACCAGCGAAGAGGGCGAAAACGGCGGCGGCUUUGGGGCACGCUGCGAGUUCCAACGGGGGUACAUCCACGCUUAUAACACCACCAACUCCAACUCCAACACUGGGAUCAUUAUUGGGAAAACAAGCAGUGUAAAAGACAGGGGGAGGGAAAAAGGGAAGGACGGACGGAGUGCUGAAGAACUGGAGGAAAGUGUUGUGUAGGGGGGAAGUGGAACGCCACAAAAAAGUUAAGAGGGAUAAAGGGUUCUGUGAGAGGACACGGGAGUGAAUGGGAUCUUGAUUCGAGGAGGGCAAAGAGGUGGAGUCGGGGGAGAAAUUGAAGGUGCAGGUAAGGGAAGAUGAAGUGAUUGCAGAUGAGGAAGGGAAGGUUGUGAGUUCAGAGGAAGGGGGAGGAGGAGAAUUGACUUGAAUCUCACUUGUGCAGCUCCUUGAUAUGCCCUGGGAGAAGUCAAGAAAAAUGGAGAGGAGGGGGGAAGCAGACCUGGAAGUGAGGUGAGGAUUUUUAAGAGGCUCUUUAAAGCUGACCUGAAGAGUGAUGGGCGGAGAAGUGGGGAGAGUGAUUCAACGGGAAAAAGGGUAGAGUGGGAGAAACUUAACAGGUGACAGUUUUAAAGUGGUCUUUAAAUACUCAAGGCAGAGCUCAAGCUGUAUCAGUGACAAAUGAGUGAUACACGAUAGAAGAGAAAGUAGCGACACGAAAACAAAACUCGACAAAUCACGACAAAGAGUGACAGUUGAUAGAACUAACAUUGUGAGUGAUAUAUAUAUAGUCACAAAGAGAGAGACGAAAUCAAACGGGAAAACAUCAAUAGACCGACAGAACAAAGGAUAUAUAGCGGAGACAGAGAUGGCGUGAGCUCAGCGUGGAUCUCAGUAAAGCCUAUACACUAAUAGAAGCAGACUCUUGUUAACACCUCAACUCUCCAGGGCAUCAGCUCCCACAACACCACAAGGGUUUACACUGGAUCAGAACGCAGCAACGCAGCCCGUUACACUGGAGAAUCACUCAUCUCUGACAAAAGUAAUACGGAAAAAAGAUUUGGAUGACACAGUCCUGCUUUGUUAUCUUGUUUUUCGACUCCAACACUGACGGCCAUUUUGAAACUCUUUUCCCAAACACAAUGAAUGUGACUUUUAUGUGUCCUCUGUGGCUGGGACAAUGAUUUUGGCUUGCCGUGCCUGCGGAUUAUGGGAGCAUAAAUACAGAGCCGGGUGCACUGGACAUGAUCAAUCGAUACGAGCUGGAAAGAGCGAGUGGAGCACAGACAUUAUUAAAAGACAGACGCUGGGAUUACAAUGGAGUCGAUAUGGAUUACAAAAUGGAGGAGACACGGGGUGUACAACGGAACAUGUGCACGUGAGCGUUUCUGAAAGACAAGAUCAUAUUGGAUGUUGGCUGAUGAUGGACCACGCAGAUGAUAAAGCUAAUAGAUGCAUAAGUGUGCAUGCUUCGAUGGGUACAGGACAGGAUGUGUGUACGUGAGCCUUUGUGUGUUGUGUGCUCACAUCUAUAUGAAUGUUUGUGAGGAAGCCAGUCUAACAGAUCCUAUUUGGGUUUAUUAAGGUGUAGCUCUUUCUGGACAUGCUGUAAAUGGAAAGAAUCAAAAGAUUUAAAGUUUAGCACUGGUCCCAAAGGCCACCUGCUGUGAAGACAGAGGGAAAUGUUAAGAAAACCAGAAUAAAUCACUAUUUCCAUGGUCAGAAAGCAGCAGUCGGUAAGGGAAAAUCCAAAUUUCAAAUCUUUUUUUUUUUUUUUUCAGACUUGUGACUUCAGACUCCUUUGUGCCACAUGGAUUCACUUUAAAUCCAAACAGUGAAUGUUUUCAGAAAGUAAGCAGUUAAAAAAAAAGAAAAAAAAAGACAGAACCACUCUGGAAGCCACUAACUCCUCACUGGAAGACUUUGUAAAACUUGUAAUGGGACGACUCAUCCUCUGGCACAGACAGAGACUCCUGAAAACUCCUAUCAAAGAGAAAAAAAAUGAAAAGAAAACUUGAAAGUACAAAUAUAUAUAGUAUAUAUAUAAAAUGAUGUUACUUGUCGCACAAUGUGUUUCUGUUUUUUAAAGUUUUCUGGGGAAUGAUGUUAG